UCAGCCCUUAUAGCGUCAGCAUUACAUCGCGAUAAAGUCUACAUCUGGCAUACUGACACAGGCGAGUGUACACAAGUGCUGGAGGUCCCUGACAGACCCAGAUACAAAUAUUCACCCACUCGAUCCGUCACUUUCUCACACGAUUCAACUCUGGUCUUGGCAAUAAGUAACUAUCCUGAUAUUAUUCAGAUCUGGCGUACCGAUACAGGCAAGCCAACUCAAAAGCUGGAGGGCCAUAAAAGGGUCGAAUCUGCUGUCUUUUCGCGCAACUCGGCCUUUGUAGUGUCGGCAUCGAAUGAUCAAAUCAGGGUAUGGAGCACUAAUACAGGCGACUGCGUCCGAGUAGUCCCUACAGGCGGGUGGGAUGUGCGGCUCUUGUCGACCGAGCCUGGCAACUUGACAUCCGAGCCAGGCAACUUGAUAUCCGACCUUAGCAGCACCUGUAUCGUCACCGAUACGGGCGUUGUAGCCUUUACCGAUAGUGCUACAACCUUGACUACUGUUGGCAUUGGACUUAGUCGAGAUCGUUGCUGGAUCACCUGGAACGACCAGAAACUGCUGUGGUUGCCGGUUGAAUUCCGUUAUGGGGAGACAGCUGUCCGGGGGUCGACUGUCGUGAUCGGGUGUGACUCUGGCAGACUUAUCGUUUUCCGGUUUUCCGAGACCGCUCUCCGACUGAUAUACGGCUAG